GGCUUUGUCGGUUUGUGGUCGGCCAUUUAUGGCGUCUGCAGUCUAGCGAGAUCGUUUGUGUCAGCUUGUGGUCGGCAAACAGUCGGUAACAAACAUGAUUUGUCGGUAUGUGGUCGGCCGACAAAUUCAUUUUGGCAUACGCUGGUUUAUUAAAAAGCGAGGUAAACGUUCUUUUUUUAAUUCGAAAUACGUUCGAUUAUGCAAAGAACAUUUUGGAAGAAGCAGUCUAAAGUAAAUAGUAAAUGAUGGCCGACCAACAGGAUCCGUUUGUAAUCUACACAACCGAGAAUUUCGAAAUGACUGCCCUAUUGAAAGAGCUAGAGGAGAAAAAAGUCGAAAUUAUUUAUCUCAGGGAACUCCUUGAAACAAAGGAUGAGGAGAUAAAGGUCCUGAAGGCUGACAAUGCAAAACUGAAGACAUUGGAUCAAGAAUCUGUAAAGAGAAAAAGAGACUUCAUGAACGAGUCUUCACCACAAGCACCGUCGACUCAGAAGACAAAGGCCCGAAAGACCGAAGACGGCAAAGAAAUACUGAGAUCAUCACCAACUAGCAGCAAAGAGACUAAAUUACACCUGUAUCAUGAUGGCAAAUCAACUUCUUGCAGUGACGUCUCGGCUCAUACAAGUCAAUAUAGUAAAAUAAGGCAGAUAAAGAGUAUAACACAAAUUGAGAAUAGCAAGCCAUUUCCACACACUUCUCCCUUUAAAGUUACUAGAAACACAUUGAUUCAUGUGCACGAACGUUACCAACGAGUACUAGAAGUUGUUAAAAAAGAGGGUUGCAGUAAUCGUCAGGCUUAUAAAAUAGCAGGGAUUCCACGAAGUACGGUAAGGGAUAUGAUUGGUAUAGCUGAACUACACAUUGUUGACAAACAAGAGUAUGAAAUGAUAGUCAAAGACAUGAAAAGAGCUUCAUCAGUUAAAAAUAUUGAAAGAGCCUGCAGAAGGAAACUGGGGGAAUUCAAGAAGAAGAUGAGUGCCCUUCGGUCUGAAGGGAAAUUACUGCCAAUUGUGUUUAAUGAUGAAUUUUAUAAUAUUAUUGUGCCAGAGACAAAAUCAAAUGUAAAUAGAUAGAUAAUACUUUACUUAGUUUUACUUUUUGAUGAUCGUGGAUGUAUAGGGCACAAGAAUUCUUUCAAUUUUGUAAAUAUUUCUCUCUAAACAGCAAUCCCCAAAUAAGACUGAUGCUUUGAGUUCUAAGUCAGCCUAUCGGACAUUUGCAUUGCUAUGUAGGCAGUCAAGAGUAAUGUAGUGUAUGUAAUUUUAUUAGAAACAGACUGCUGUAAGUCAACUAACCAGCUAGUUGUGCCAUACUACUGUCUGCAUUUACAGAAGUCUACUGCUAACUGUACUGUCUGUGUUAUUACAGAGCAAUCCAAAUGAUUUCAAUGGUUGUGAGUUAACAAAGCUCAACCUACAACUGUUAUUUUUUGUUAGAGCUGUCUACACCUCUUUGUGCUCAAGUCUUACAGUAAACCUUUGUUUCAAUAAGUU